AUGUCUGUUAUUACUCAACCAGUUGCUUAUCCACGUUCACCCGACAAUAAUUUAAUUGGUGAAAGUGAACUAUGGCUAGGAGGAUUAAUGUCAAUGGUCGUAUUUGUUCUAAUUGUUUUUGCUUAUAUGUUCAGUAAUGCAUAUGUCGGACAAUAUCCAUUUGAGAAUGCUGGUAGUUCAAUCUUUUCGUGUGAUAACUCAUUAUAUAAUGCUUCAUUCAGUACAUCAAUGCAAUCAUUAACAUUACCUCCUCCGCCUAAAUUAGAAGUAUUAUUUCGUCUAUUGAAUGAACAAGUAUUAACUCUUCAUGUUUCAAAAAUUCAAUUUAGUAUUGAUAACAUCUAUACAGUGGGUGGUAUUCGAAUAGGUACGACUGAUGACGCUGUGAAUAAUGAUGAUGAUGAUCAGGAAAAAUAUGGAGUUCAACAAUUAAAAUUUUAG